AUACAUGUAUAUUAACUCAAAAAAAAUUGAAUCUUUAAAUGUUUAUAUCUAAUAAUAAACAAUAAAAAUUUGUUCUAUAUAUAUAAUAUUGAUGACACGAACAUGUAUACGGGUACGAUAACCAAAAGUAAAUUUAUACAGGAAUAGUGUUGCCAGCAUGUGGUAAGCGUGGGGUGGGGUGAAUGCGUUACGACAGUCUAGUCUCAAGGCCAUAGACGACGGGAUAAGCAAGAAUAAUAACACGUAGCGCAUGGAGUUACAAACAAACAUACUUACAAACAUACAGGUGAAACUAAUAUAAGCGUGUUAAAAAUAAAUUUAUACAGGAAUAGUGUUGCCAGCAUGUAGUAAGCGUGGGGUGGGGUGAAUGCGUUACGAUAGUCUAGUCUCAAGGCUAUAGACGACGGGAUAAGCAAGAAUAAUAACACGUGGCGCGUGGAGUUACAAACAUACAUACAUAUAGGUGAAACUAAUAUAAGCGUGUUAAAAAGAACAAUAGUUCUUUUAACAAAAGAUAAGAAGAAUAGUUAUUUACUAUCACUGUAUCGUAAAUGUACAGUUUAAAUUAAGUAAAAUAAAUUUUGUUGCACUAAUUAUGACCUUUUUAAAAGCUACUAAUUAGACGACGUAAUAUUUUAUUGUGAUUUGUUGCUACUAAUUAGCAAAAUUAAUCUUGUUAAUUGUGAUAUAUAAAUUUUUCUUAUCGAAAUUGUAGUUUCUUAAGUUGAUUUGUUAUUGUCGUGUUCCGUGUUUUAGUUUUAGGUAGCAUCUUUGGCCAGGAACUUUGCGAAUUGACAUGGAUGACUAUAAAAAAUCAGUACUAUGGUCAUUAAUGAAUCUAUUUUUAAUAAUUGGUUCAUUUUUAUUAAUAUUCAAAUUUAAUAUGCCACGGAAAAUUAUAUUGGCCAAUCGAUUGCCUGGUCCUCGUUGGUGGUAUGUCUUAAAAUUGUUACUAAAUGUCAUUAAUCGACCAGAGUCUAUCAUUAAAACUAUAAAUGAUAUAUAUAAUCAAUACGAAAAGUCAUUAUUUAAAAUUUGGUUCGGACCUUUUCUUUGCAUAGUUCCUACAAAACCAGAAGAUGUAUGUGCAAUUUUAAAUCACCCUAAUUUGCAAAAAAAAGGAAUUAUCCUAAAUCCAUUACGAGAAUCUUAUGUAGGAGAUAAUAUAACGACAAUUGAUGAUUUACAAAAAUGGAAGAUUCAUAGGUAUGCUGCCUUUAAAUGUAUAUCAUUCAAUAAUGGGAAGACAUUUACAUCAUUAAUUAGUAAGGAAGCUGUGGCUCUUGUUGAUUAUUUUAAACCAACACAACAAGAUAAAACGAAUGAUUAUGAAAUAUAUAUUCCAAUUUAUAAAAUGCACCUUAAAAUCUAUGAAGCAGCAAUUUUUGGUGAAAAUGUUGCCAAUGAAAUUGAUGUGAAUCAUGAUAUUAUUAUUCAAAACAUGAAAGAUACAUCAAACACAAUAACUUAUAGGAUUUUCAAUCCAUGGUAUUUCAGUAAGUCUAUUUUCAAAAUAUCAACGUUUUAUGAGAAAAACAUAAAAAAUAUCAUUAUAUUACACAAUUAUAUUAAUAAGUUAUUCAAGAAAAGUGAAAUAGGAAAAGUUAAGCAAAAUAUUGAUAAAACUAAAGGAAAUACGUUUAUUGAAAUAAUGGAAAAAGUUGACAAAUUGACAGAUGAAGAUACACGAAAUUUAGCUUUUGUCUUACUUGGAGCUGGAUCUGAUACAGCAUCUGUAACGAUUUCUAAUAUAAUAUUCUUAAUGUCUUAUCAUUCAGAUAUCCAAAAUAAGGUAUUUGUGGAACAAAACAAGAUUUUUUCAAGUGGAUAUCCCAAUCGUAGACCAACUUACGAGGAUUUGCAUCAAAUGAAAUAUCUUGAACAAGUUAUUAAUGAAACUCUUCGAAUCCGCUCAACUACACCCUUCACUGUCCGAUAUGUUGAAGAAGAAAUUUCAGUUGGAGGUUACUUAUUACCUGCAGGAAGUAUACUACUAAUUUGUGUUGCCAAUUUACAUAAAAGUCAUUUGUACUAUAAAGAUCCAGAAAAAUUCAACCCAGAUAACUUUUCACCAGAUGAAUGUCUGAGUCGACAUCCUAAUUCAUUUAUGCCAUUUGGAUUAGGGCCAAGAAAUUGUGUAGGUAAACGUUUUGCAAUGAUACAAAUGAAAGUAAUAAUAUCUACAUUAAUUCGAAAUUACCAUUUUCACUUUUCUGAGAAAUAUUCAAAACCAGAAGACCUUAUAGCAAAUUAUUCAAUUACACAAACUUUUGAUGAAGGAUGUUACGUCAAAUUUAAACAAAGAGAAAAUAACAUAUAUCCUGUUUGAUGUUUUACUGUUAUUUAAUCAUUUUAUUUUUAUAUAUUACAUUGGUAUGAGUGUUUAAAAUAUGCAUUAACAUUGUGUAUAAAAUAUAAUUAAAUUAUACAAAAAUUAA